GAGAAGCCGGUGCGAAACAGUGUUUGCAGAGUUGCAUCCGCAUGAAAGUCCACUAUAUCACACUGCCGCUUUGACUCUCCGACGAACGAAACUGCUGCCAGGCUAGUGUGCAGGUGUUGGCCGAGUUGCCGAGUGGUGCUUUUACGACUCCGAAAAAAAGCUCACUCCUGUCACGCCAUGCAUCUUGAUAGUACCUAGUACAACAUUUAUAUCUCUCAACAUAUUCUAAGCUGCUCGCGUCUGACCAAAUAGUAAUAAAUACGACUUUCGCUCUCUCCCAACUUACAGGCGUACUACUUCAAUACUACACCAUGCCUGUGCGCCUCAGGAUGGCCAUGCACGGCCAAAGACACAACCGUAUAUUUCAUUUAGUCGCCAUUAAUCAGCGCACGAGACGAGACGCAAAGCCUAUGGAGCUAUUGGGCAUCUACGAUCCUGCUCUUAAGCUCGGGGACACACACAAGACUGUCAAAUGGAGUGUGGACAGAAUAAAAUAUUGGCUGGGUGUUGGAGCACUGCCCAGCAAAUCUGUAGUCAAGCUAUUGGAACGCGGUGGUGUGCUACCGCCGGACUCCAAGUAUCACCCGAAGGUUUUGGGACCAAAAUUCGGCACGGAAUCGUCAAAAGACAAUUCUUCUGGAAUGACUUCAGCUACAUUGUAGUUCUCGUGGUAUCUUGAGGGAAUCUUGAGCAGAUCGACGUCGAUUUGGGGUGGGUUCGUUCCACCGUCUGUUAAGAGCGAGGAGGAAGUCAUAUAUUACCACUACAGCCUCACAUAUGUAGAUUGCAGCUAUAAUUCCAUUAUCAUUCAAACAUCUUCUAAU